AUGUUUAAGGAGGAGACGACGAAUUGCAACAAUGUUCCACAAUCCGGUGUAGCAAUCAUCAUUGUUUGUAGAGAUAGAUGGAAACAACUGAAUAAUACAUUGUCCGCUCUGAUUCCAGUUCUCCAGAGACAACAUUUGUGUUAUCGAAUAUUUAUUAUUGAACAACAGGGUACUGGUAUUUUGAACAAAGCUCAGUUGAUGAACAUUGGUUUUAUUGAAGCACAUAAACGUUUCGAUUUCGACUGUGUUAUAUUUCAUGAUGCCGACUUAAUACCAUUGGAUGAUAGAAUACCACAUGGUUGUGAUGAAGAGAUGAUGGAGAGUGUGAUUCAUUUGAGUGUUGGAGUGAGUUCAUGGAAUUAUGUUUUACCUUACCAAUCAUUGAUCGGUGGUGUUUUGAAAAUAUCGACUUCACACUUUAUACAGGUUAAUGGUUAUUCGAAUAGUUAUUGGGGUUGGGGUGGAGAGGACGAUGAUUUGGAGAGGCGACUGAAAGCAUCAAAAAUUAUGUAUAAACACAUUGAAAAGUCAAUAGGCAGAUAUCUGGCUCAACCUCACACUAAACAGGUUCGAGCGAAUAGACGUUUAGUACUUGAUUCAUUAAAAAAUGCUGCCAGUCGUAUGUUCACUGAUGGGUUGAAUUCUGUAAAAUAUAAAGUUUCAGCCUAUUUUGAGAAGCAACACUACACACAUUUUUUAAUUACAUUAAAAUAAGUUUUUUUAAAGAGUCAAUUGCCUGUUUUUCUUACCCUUAAAUAUUUUAUAACCUAGUUCUUUACACUGUGAGACAAAACUAUUUUUAUAUUGAAUGAUACUUUCAUUUAAGUAUAGAAGUAAUCAAGAAAGAAAACACUGAUGUAGUCUCAAGUUCAACAUUGUUAUAUACACAGUCAAAUCUGUAUGAUAUUCACAAAUGCACAGAAAAUUACAUCCAUAUGUAGAUAACUUAGUAUCAUUGAUGGAUCGAAUAAAAGAAUUUCUAUUUGCUAUUCAUCAUAGCGAUUUGUACAUCAUUUACUUCUGUUGUCUAUGUGUUUACUUUUCGGUAUGUACUUUCUAACAAUAUUUCAAUUAAUUACUUAACCAUCUUUUGAAACAUUUAAUUAUAUAUCUAUACCCUAGUUACUUAACAAU